UUUACUCUAGAACCAGUUGGAUAGUGAGUAGAGAGUAUUGAUCAGGGCAGACUCGUUUUCGAUAGGUUUCUAGUGUGUUAAGUGAUUCGAAUAAAGUUUUUGUGGACUUUUUUUUGUGUUAUCUAGUCUCUUAUUUUUAUCAUGACAAACGAAGAUGUGGAAAAAUUUGAUGGGAUGUUGCUUGCUAUGGCUCAGCAACACGAGGGUGGAGUACAGGAGCUUCUGGAUACGUUUUUUAGCUUUUUGCUAAGAAAAACGGAUUUCUAUACAGGUGGAGGGGAUGGUGCAGCCAAAAAGCUACUAUUAGAAAAAUUUAAAAAAUAUGAAGCUAAAGCAUUAAGUGAAAAAGCAAAAAAAGAACAAGAAAGAGAAGCAGAGGAAAGAAGACGCAAAGAAAGACAAGCACGUAAAGCUCAAGAAGAAGCAAACUUAGAUAAUGAACCAAGAGUAAAGGAAUUAACUGAUGAAGAAGCUGAAAAGUUGCAGAAAGAAUUGAAUGAGAAAAAAGAAUGUAAAGAAAAUGGUGAACCUGAAAGAAAAUCAGAGAAUGAUGGAGAAAAGAAUGAGAGUGAUGAGGAAGAUGAUGAAAAAGACAAAGGAAAGAUUAAACCAAAUAGUGGUAAUGGUUGUGAUUUGGAAAAUUAUAGGUGGACACAAACACUUUCUGACAUAGAGUUAAAAGUUUUCUUACCAGCUGGAAUAAAAGUAAAAGCAAGAGACUGUGUAGUUGAUAUUGCAAAAAGGCAUUUAAAAGUUGGUUUGAAAGGCCAUCCUCCUAUUAUAGAUGGUGAAUUGUAUAAUGACAUCAAAAUAGAAGAAUGUUGUUGGGUAAUGGAAGAUAGCAAAAUUAUAGCAAUUUCUAUUGAAAAAGUAAAUAAAAUGGAAUGGUGGAGUAGACUAGUAACUACAGAUCCUGAAAUAAAUACUAGAAAAGUUAAUCCUGAACCAUCAAAGUUAUCAGAUUUAGAUAGUGAAACAAGAGGCAUGGUGGAAAAGAUGAUGUAUGAUCAGCGUCAAAGAGAACUAGGUUUACCUACAUCAGAUGAGGAGAAAAAGCAGGAUAUUAUUAAAAAAUUUAUGGAACAACAUCCUGAAAUGGAUUUUUCAAAAUGCAAAUUUUCUUAAAAUUGAUAAACACUUAGAUAUCAGCUAUGAACAGAAAAUAAUUGAUGUUUGAGACAAAUCUUAAUCAUAUAUAGUAUUCUGCUGUAAAUAUUCAUGUGUUUAUCAAUACAUUAUCAACUUGAUUUUUUGUUUUCAAUCACUGUAUGAACUUGUUGAGCACAUCUGAAUUUAUAUUAUAUGGCAUUUGCUGUUUAUGAUCAAAAUACAGAUGUAUUAAAAUUUUACAAGUUCUUCAUUUCUUAAUUUUUUAAGUU